UCCGUCCUUUUUCCCAGCAGCCAGGCAGCACCGUGUCGCCGCUGGUGAACGCGUGGCUUCGAUGAGCUGCUGAAGUUUGUCCACAGAUAUCUUAACAAGUCAGUGGGUUUAGAGCUUCGCUAGAACAACGCCGACAUGCCGGCUUAUUUUCAGCGGCCAGAAAAUGCUCUGAAACGAGCGAACGAGUUCCUGGAGGUUGGUAAAAAGCAGCCAGCCUUGGACGUCCUGUACGAUGUCAUCAAGAGUAAGAAACACCGAACAUGGCAGAAGAUCCACGAGCCCAUCAUGCUCAAAUACCUGGAGCUCUGCGUGGAUCUGCGCAAGAGCCACCUGGCCAAGGAGGGCCUCUACCAGUACAAGAACAUCUGCCAGCAGGUGAAUAUUAAAUCUCUGGAGGAUGUGGUCAGAGCUUACCUGAAGCUGGCAGAGGAGAAGACUGAGACCGCCAAGGAGGAGUCUCAGCAGAUGGUCCUGGACAUCGAGGAUCUGGACAACAUUCAGACCCCAGAAAGGAAGCCUUUAAGGCUGUGGAGGACAUCCACGGCCUCUUCGCUCUCUCCAAGAAGCCCCCGAAGCCGCAGCUCAUGGCCAACUACUACAACAAAGUUUCGACAGUUUUCUGGAAGUCGGGGAACGCUCUGUUCCACUCGUGCACCCUUCACCGCCUCUACCACCUGUCCAGGGAGAUGCGCAAGAACCUGACUCAGGAUGAGAUGCAGAGGAUGUCCACCAGAGUCCUCCUGGCCACCCUGUCCAUCCCCAUCACGCCCGAGCGCACGGACAUCGCUCGCCUGCUGGACAUGGACGGCAUCAUCGUGGAGAAGCACCGCCGGCUGGCCACUCUCCUGGGUCUGCAGUCCCCGCCCACCCGCCAGAGCCUCAUCAACGACAUGGUGAGAUUCAACCUGCUGCAGUACGUGGUUCCUGAGGUGAAGGAGCUUUACAACUGGCUGGAGGUGGACUUCCAUCCUCUGAAGCUGAGUGGGAGAGUCACGAAGGUGUUGAACUGGGUGAGAGAUCAGGCUGAGAAGGAGGCAGAUCUGCAGCAGUACGUUCCACACCUGCAGAGUAACACCAUCCUCCGGCUGCUGCAGCAGGUGGCUCAGAUCUAUCAGAGCAUCGAGUUCAGCCGUUUGGCCUCCCUGGUUCCGUUUGUGGACGCCUUCCAGCUGGAGCGCUCCAUCGUGGACGCAGCCCGGCACUGUGACCUGCAGGUUCGGAUCGACCACUCGUCUCGAACCUUGAGCUUCGGCUCUGACCUGAACUACUCGACUAAAGAGGAUUCUCCGGUCGGCCCGUUCCUGCAGAACAUGCCGUCGGAGCAGAUCAGGAACCAGCUGACGGCCAUGUCUGCUUCUCUGGCUAAAGCCAUCCACAUCAUCAAGCCCACCUCCAUCCUGCAAGAGCGCGACGAGCAGAACCAACAAGCCAUCGCUGCGUACUUGAAGAACGCCCGCAAGGACCACCAGCGCAUCCUGGCCCGCCGGCAGACCAUCGAGGAGCGCAAGGAGCGCCUGGAGAGCCUGAACAUCCAGCGGGAGAAGGAGGAGCUGGAGCAGCGCGAAGCCGAGUUGCAGAAGGUCCGCAAGGCCGAGGAGGAGCGCCUGCGGCAGGAGGCCAAGGAGCGGGAGAAGGAGCGUAUCAUGCAGGAGCACGAGCAGAUCAAGAAGAAGACGGUGCGCGAGCGGCUGGAGCAGAUCAAGAAGACCGAGCUCGGCGCCAAGGCCUUCAAAGACAUCGACAUCGAGGACCUGGAGGAGCUGGAUCCAGACUACAUCAUGGCCAAACAAGUGGAACAACUGGAGAAGGAGAAGAAAGAACUGCAGGAGCGUCUGAAGAACCAGGAGAAGAAGAUCGACUACUUUGAGAGAGCCAAACGUCUGGAGGAGAUUCCKCUCAUCAAGAAGGCGUACGAGGAGCAGCGCGUCAAAGACAUGGAGCUGUGGGAGCUGCAGGAGGAGGAGAGGAUCAGCAACCUGAAAGUUGAGCGGGAGAAAGCUCUGGAGCACAAGAAGCGAAUGUCCAGGAUGGUGGAGGACAAAGAGGGCUUCCUGUCCAAGAUAACCGCCGCUCGCAGUUUCAUAUACGAGGAAAAGCUGAAAGCCUUCCAGGAGCGCCUGGUGGAGGAGAGGAAGAAACGCCUGGAGGAACGAAAGAGGCAGCGCAAAGAGGACCGGCGUAACGCUUUCUACCGCCAGAAGGAGGAAGAGAGGCAGCGGAUCCACGAGGAGCAGCUCAAGAAAGAGCGUGAGGAGAGAGAACGCAUCGAGCAGGAGCGACAGGAGGAGGAGGAGCGCGAGUACAAGGAGCGUCUGCGCAAACUGGAGGAGCAGGAGCUGAAGCAGCGCGCCCGUCAGCAGGAGAUCGAGGAGCGGGAGCGCCUCCGCGAGGAGAACAGACGGGCUCCUCAGGAAGAGAAACCCAAGGACUGGGGGGACAAGGACGACCGGGGCUGGAGGAAACGCACUGAAGGAGGGGAAUCAGAAUGGCGUCGUCCUGUUCCUGACAGGGAUUGGAGACAAAAGGAUGAGCGAGAGGACAAGKCUGGUUCCUUCAAAGGAGGGGAGGACAAAGGACCCCGUCAAGGUAUUGAUGAGGAUCAGGGUCCUCGUCGCUCUGGUGAAGAAGAGCGUUCUCAGCGCAGAGGACCGGAGGACGACCAUGGACCACGCAGAGCGUUCGAUGACGACCGCGGCCCCAGGAGGGCCGGCGAUGACGAUCGUGGUCCAAGGCGAGCUUUUGACGAUGAUCGUGGUCCCAGGCGAGGUUUUGACGACGAUCGUGGUCCCAGGCGAGGUUUUGACGANUCCCAGCGAGGUUUUGACGACGAUCGUGGUCCCAGGCGAGGUUUUGACGAUGAUCGUGGUCCAAGGCGUGGCUUCGACGAUGAUCGCGGUCCAAGACGUGGUUUUGACGAUGACCGUGGACCAAGACGUGGCUUCGAUGACGAUCGUGGUUCCAGACGUGGUUUCGAUGAUGACAGGGGUCCUCGUAGAGGUCUGGAUGAGUCCAGGUCCUCCAGGCGAGGGGCUGAUGAUGACUGGGGUCCUAGAAGAGGAGGAGAUGAUGACAGAGUCAGCAGGAGAGGUGCAGAUGAUGGUCCACGCCAUGGAGGGGAUGACGCCAAACCCUGGAAGCCCCUCGGUAGACCUGGUGGCUGGAGAGAGCGGGAAAAGGCUCGAGAGGAGAGCUGGGGACCUCCUCGUGGUGGGACUCACGAAGAUGGAGAUGAAGAUGAAGGGGACGAAAGGUCCAGUUUCAGAGACAGCCGUCCACAGAGAGAGGAGAGCAGCUGGAGGAGAGGGGGCACCGACGACGGAGGCUGGAGAGAUUCACGCAAAGAGGACCAGGACCGCAGCGACCGUGAAGACCGCAGAGACCACAAUGACCGUCGCGUCGAGCGCCGAGACCGAGACCGCCGUGACGACCGCGAAGUCAGAGGCCCACCCAGAGACAACGAUGAAGGUGGCUCCUGGCGCCGCAGCGGUGAGGAAAGGCGAGAGGAGCGGGACCGGCCCAAAGAGCGGGAACGAGAGCGCGACGCAGACGCGGAGAAGAGCGCCUGGCGUACGGAUAAGGAAACCCCUCGUCGCACCAAGAACGAGACGGACGACGACGGCUGGACGACCGUGCGUCGCUGAGCAACA